AUGAAUGAUCAACAGUCUGUUGAUGGAAAAUUAUCCCAAUCCGUGCACUUUAGUGAUGGUGUUUUCGAUCUCACUGAUGAACACAAUGAAGAGUGCUCGGACUCAUCUAAGUCUAACAAUAUUCUGUUGCGUGUUAUUGAUUGGUGUGGGGAAAAGUUGGCAUGGAGUUUUGGCAUUUCCUCACCGAAAUAUUAUUAUAUAAUUGAAAAUGCCAAAAUGAGAGCGUCAGAAAGAGAUUUCAUUGACUUGGGUGAUAUGGAUGAUCCACAUGUCGCCAUUCUUCAGUGUUCGGUGCCAAAUAAAAACUAUACUCAUCCAUCAGUUCUUUCAUCUGGCUAA